CAACUUGAAUGAUUUAAAGAUAAGGUUUUAGAAGACAAACCAGUCAGAUUGCAUUUGGUCGGCAAACACUGCAGGAAACGAUAUAAAAUGAUUACGACAUUAUUGGUGUGUUUGUCUUUGUUGUGCAAAACUGUUGAGUCUGGGGUAAUUUCCGAAAAACGAGCUUCCUGUAAUGUUCCGCAUUACUACGACGGCACGUGCAGUUGUGAGGACAAUGUCGUCACGUGCAAUGGACAAUCACAAAUGCCUGAUUUUAGUUCAGGUGAUCAUUACAAGACGGUGAAUUUUGUAGGGGGAAACUUCCGUAAUGCCAUUAAGUUUGGGAAUCCGUUCGCUAACCUCCAGACAGAGGAACUUAUCUUAAAGGAUAUGGAUAUCGUCUCCAUUCCUGACCACGCAUUUUUACCACUGAAAUUGGUAUUAAAAAAGCUUGACCUGUCUAAUAACUUUUUGACCACCCUUCCUCUAGCUCUCAAGGAGCUGGAUGUAUUAGAGUCUCUUGACGUUUCAAACAACGUCAUCGACGACAAAAAUUUUACCGAGAUCGUUUUGAGAAAGCUUGGUGCAACUCUAACUUCUUUUACUUUCGGUAGCUUAGAUAUUAAUAAUUGGCCGAAUACACUGAAACACCUCCAAAUGCUUCAAAACCUUAACGUUACCAAGGCAGCCAUUCGAUUCAUGCCACAAGACGCAUUUUAUGGAUUUUCUGGAACGCUGCUGACUCUAAGUUUGGAGAACACUGCUCUAAAUUCCGUGCCUUUGGCUGUUGCUAGACUAACUUUCUUACAAUCUUUUAACUUUGAUCACAAUGAAAAUGUCGGAGACUAUGGAAUGAAUGUUCCGCUCUUGCGCGGUAUGAUGAAUUAUCUGACAAACAUUUCUUUCCAAGACGACAGCUUGAAAACCUUCCCUAGUGCACUCCAAGCUUUUGCUAAUCUGAAAUCUGUAUCCAUGGACGAAAACAUGCUUGAAUUUGUAAGUGACAAUGCAGCAACAUCCGUGAGGCAGAUCGAGAAUCUAAGUAUGCGAAACUCUAGCAUUUCUCGUAUUCCGCAAGCGUUGGCGGAUCUAACGUCACUGAAAUCUAUCGACUUAUCAGAUAACCGCAUUCAUAGUAUUGAUAUUGAAGAUGUCCGAAUCUUGCACUCUGUUAAAGAAAUCAAACUAAACAAUAACCCUAUUCUUUAUAUUUCAAAUCACGCCUUUGAUAGCACUGAAAAUUUAGAGCGGUUGGAACUUAAAAACACAAAUUUGAAGCAAGUACCUUGCGCCUUGAAGUUUGCCAUCGAAAACCUUACCCGGGUCAAGCACGUCUUUCCUCUCACGGUUGACUUGUCAGAGAAUAAAAUCGAAUGCACAUGCGAACUGAAAUGGUUAUCAGAUACUCUCUAUGCGCACAGGAAUAACAUCAACUGGACAGUACUUGGGAACUGUGAAACAAUAGUUUCUAGUAUCGAUAGUUACCUGAAGUCAGUAACCCUUGGAGACUGUCCGACGUCAACGAUUUGUAAUUCAUAAGCAACAUAAUCAAGUGUUAGCUGUGCAAGUAAAAUCACGAGAUAAAUUAAUAUCAUAUAGACAUAAGGAAAGAUGUGAUUCAUUUAUUAUAGAAAUUAAAAGAAUCAUUCCUGUAAAUUGUACAUGUACAAUGCAGUGUGCAUAAAAUUAUUUCUGGUAUUUUCGUUUAAUAAACUGAUAUGUGAUUAAUAACCUGUUUUAAUUAAUGCACAAUUACUU